AUGAAGGCGAUAUACGCUUCUCUGCUUUUCCUUGCGGCGACUGCUGCACAGUCUAGCAACAACGAGGAUUCCGCCCCUGCUGCUGAUGCUGCUUCAGCAGCCCCCGUGGCGUCCGCUCAGACCAGCGCCUCCCCCGAAUCAGCCGCCCCGACCAGUGCGACGACCCCUGAGUCAGCUGUUCAGCCCGAGUCAGCCGCUCAGCCCGAGCCAGCCGCUCAGCCCGAAUCACCCGACUUCUCGAAGCACUGUUCGAACAACGGUGAAUCACUGUGUGCCUCAGACGCCGAUAACAAGUUCUGGUCCUGCACCGACGGCAAAUGGGCACUGAUGACUUGCAGCAACAACGAUGUUUGCGGACAGUCGAGUGACAACAGGGCGGUAUGCCACGACCCCAGUAAGCCGAUCGAAAAGCCGGAGCAGCCGCAGAAGCUGGAGCCUUGCGAUAAUGUCGGCGACGGCAAGUGUGCUUCUGACGGCAAGGACAAGUACUACACAUGCACGGACAAGGGAUGGCAGCUGCUGACAUGCGAUGGAGACACCAUUUGCGGCCAGUCUUCGGAAAAUGCUGUUGUGUGCCACGACCCUAACAAGCCACUUGAGAAGCCGGAGCAGCCGCAGAAGCUGGAGCCUUGCGAUAAUGUCGGCGACGGCAAGUGUGCUUCUGACGGCAAGGACAAGUACUACACAUGCACGGACAAGGGAUGGCAGCUGCUGACGUGCGAUGGAGACACCAUUUGUGGCCAGUCUUCGGAAAACGCUGUUGUGUGCCACGACCCUAACAAGCCACUUGAGAAGCCGGAGCAACCGCAGAAGCUGGAGCCUUGCGAUAAUGUCGGCGACGGCAAGUGUGCUUCUGAUGGCAAGAACAAGUACUACACAUGCACGGACAAGGGAUGGCAGCUGCUGACAUGCGACGGAGACACCAUUUGCGGCCAGUCUUCGGAAAACGCUGUUGUGUGCCACGACCCUAACAAGCCACUUGAGAAGCCGGAGCAACCGCAGAAGCUGGAGCCUUGCGACACUGUCAACGCUACCAUGUGCGACAGCACCAACAAGUCCAAGUUCUUCAAGUGUGUGGACAACAAGUGGAUGAACAUGGCCUGCGACAAGGGCAAUGUGUGCGCGAUCCGCAACAGCAAGGUCCAGUGCAUGGACCAGGCCACGGCCGAUGCCCCUGUCGACUACUGCAAGACUGACAAGGCGACUCGCUGCGCAGCCGAUAACAAGAAGGUUUUCCAGGUGUGCACUGACGGGUACUGGCAAAACUCGACUUGCAGCGACAACAACUACUGUCUGUUUAAGAACGACAAGGCCACUUGUGUUGACAAGGCAGCAUCCGAGGCAGUCCAGGUGCCGUGCCGUACCGAGAACGCAACCCAGUGCUACGAUGGGCAGAAGAAUAUGUACCAGGUGUGCAUCGACCACUACUGGACAAACUCUACCUGCGCCAAGGACACGUACUGCCUGUUCCGCAAUGGAAAGACCACUUGCGUCGAUAAGGCCACUGCUGAAGCCCCCGUUCAGCCAUGCACCACUGCCAAUGCUACGCGCUGUGUCGACGACGACUCGAUCUUCCAGAUCUGCAUCAGCGACUACUGGACCAACUCGACUUGUGACUCGGGCAACGUCUGCGGGAUGAAGCAGGAUGUCCCCGACCAGCCGUGCAAGAAGGACAAGGCAACACAGUGUAUCGAUGGCAAGCCAGGCAUGUACCAGAUGUGCAUCGACAAGCUGUGGCAGAACAUGACUUGCACUUCGGGUAACGUUUGCCGCAUCAAGGACGACAAUGUUGUCUGCGUUGACAAGGAUGCAGCAACUUCGGAAACCAAUGUGUACUCGGGCGUAGACCAGUCUGCCUUCAUCCCCAGCGCUGGAUCAGCCGACGUGAUCAUGUCAGUUGCCCUGAGUGCCUUCCUGGCAAUCAGCACCAUUGCUUUUGUCGUUUAA